AUGAACUCUUGGGACGCUGGCCUGGCGGGGCUGCUGGUGGGCACGAUCGGAGUGUCGCUGCUGUCCAACGGGCUGGUGCUGCUCUGCCUCCUGCACAGCGCCGACAUCCGCCGCCAGGCGCCGGCGCUCUUCACGCUCAACCUCACCUGUGGCAACCUGCUGUGCACCGUGGUCAACAUGCCACUCACGCUGGCCGGCGUCGUGGCGCAGCGACAGCCGGCCGGGGAUCGCCUGUGCCGCCUGGCCGCCUUCCUGGACACCUUCCUGGCCGCCAACUCCAUGCUGAGCAUGGCCGCGCUCAGCAUCGACCGCUGGGUGGCCGUGGUCUUCCCGCUGAGCUACCGCGCCAAGAUGCGCCUCCGCGACGCGGCGCUCAUGGUGGCCUACACGUGGCUGCACGCGCUCACCUUCCCGGCCGUGGCGCUGGCCCUGUCCUGGCUGGGCUUCCACCAGCUGUACGCCUCGUGCACUCUGUGCAGCCGGCGGCCCGAGGAGCGCCUGCACUUCGCCGUCUUCACGGGCACCUUCCACGCGCUCAGCUUCCUGCUGUCCUUCGUCGUGCUGUGCUUCACAUACCUCAAGGUGCUCAAGGUGGCCCGCUUCCACUGCAAGCGGAUAGACGUGAUCACCAUGCAGACGCUCGUCCUGUUGGUGGACAUCCACCCCAGUGUGAGAGAGCGCUGUCUGGAGGAACAGAGGCGGAGGCGGCAGCGUGCCACCAAGAAGAUCAGCACCUUCAUAGGGACCUUUCUCGUGUGCUUCGCGCCCUAUGUGAUCACAAGGCUGGUGGAACUCUUCUCUAUGGCGCCCAUCGGCCCCCACUGGGGGGUGCUGUCCAAGUGCUUGGCCUACAGCAAGGCCGCCUCCGACCCUUUUGUGUACUCCUUACUGCGACACCAGUACAGGAAGACUUGCAAAGAGCUUCUGAACAGGAUCCUCAACAGACGCUCCAUCCGCUCGGUGGGCCUCACAGGUGACUCUCAUAGUCAGAACAUUCUCCCAGUGUCCGAGUGAAGGACCACCCUCCACUGGGGAGUUCUGAAUGAGGUGGCCAGAAGCAGAGGGAGGCAGGCUCGGGCACCUGGGUUGGCACCAACCACUACCAUUGCCCGGCAGGCCCAACGAUGCUGGCACCCGAACACGUUCUGGGGCUGCUCCCUGGAUCGUCCAGGACAGAUGUUGGACUGUCUGCAAUUGUCACCAAAGGAUGGCCAUGUGCCAUGAUCUGGCCUUUCUGAGAGAGUGUUUUGAGCUCCUAGACUCACCAAAGGCCUCCCAAGAGAUGAUAGGUCAGUCACUGUCAAGGACACAGAGUACCAAUGACAGGAAAGGGACAUAGCACCCACCUGUUUGAUAACCACUGGACAUGAGGCUCCAUGCUAAAGAAAAGCAGUGUCUCCAAGGGACACUUCAGAUAUGCUGAAAGUGAAAGUGGCCACCUGGCCCCAGAUCUACUCUGGUGACCCUUCUGUACUCGGUAGUGCUGGCUGCUUUAACCCAAAUAUUAUCCAGCUGCUGCCAACCAAAUUGUGCUCAUUUGGGACCCUUGACCUCUGCACCUAAAGGAUAAACAUUUAACAACUAGUGGUCGGUUACCAGAUCACUGCCCACCAGUUGUUUUAGGAAUGGUAAAUUGGAUUCAACUUUCGUCCGUCCUCCCACGAAACAAACUCACGUUUGUGUGUGCAGACAAUCUCAGCAUGAAAGUGGUGUCAGUAGGCAGGCAAUACAUGCCUUAGGGACUCUGAAGUCUGACCAGGAAGUCGUUUUUUUCUCAUUUACAUUUCAUGCUUAUAGGAGCUAAGUAAAGCACCAGGGUGGCUAGCGUGUCCCGCCGCCCUUUUUGUGUCCUGAGUUGGCAGGAGGUCUUCCCUUUGUCUUUCACAUCUUCUCUACUACAUCCUGUGAAAUGGAAAGACAAGAGCGGACCUGAACAGAGGUGCAGCCUUUGUUUUCAGGCACUGGGUCCCAUUAUCUCUGUUUCUAUAAAUCUGUCCCCAGAAAGCAGAGGCUGCCCAAGGCCACCAAGGAAGUGCCCUGUGCCACUGAUGAGAGAAUGAAAUUAUUAUAUCAUUAUCAUAAUGCACAGGCUGGACCCACUGGGCACCCCUGUCUCAGUUUCCUUAAAAACCAAGACAGAUGGCCCAAGUUUCUGCUCAUCUCACCAUUAUUUAUCAAUUCAACUUGACUUAUGAAUGUUGAACGCAGUUGGUGCUUUCUCAGCCCUGUGACUCCUCCAGGUGGGAAGGAUGGUGUGCCAUCAAACCAGAGGGCUCAUUUUCUCCAAAUAGAUCACACAUCCUGGCUUGGGAGGGACAGAGUGGAGGACACAGUUUGCUAGGGACAUAUAAGGAAAGUAUUGAUUUCCAUGGACAGAGAGUCUCAGGACUUAAAGCAGAGAAGUGUCUGCUUUUCUGUUUGAAAAGUUAUCCUCUCAUUAACUCUUAGCUCCUUGUUUAGAAAACCACUCAGCCAGGCCUAGUGUGGUCUGGUUUCAGAGUUUCCAUAGAGACAGACGCAGCAUCUGAGGAGGCAUUGACAUCUUCUGGGAGCUAGCAGAAGCAUGCUCACACCUGCCUUGUUAGAGAAAAGGGACGUGGGCUUUCAGAGAGGAGUUCUCCAGACAUUUGUUUGGGUCUGGGGUCAAACUCUGCCUAGCCAGUCUUCUGGGACAGCCAGUGGGGCAUGUCCCUUCCUCCUUCUGUGAUGGGGGACGUCAUGUGAGUAGCAUGAAGUUGGCUGUGGUGGAGAUCUUGAUAUCAUAAAAAUAGCCAAAUGUUAUAAAUGAGGCCUUUUCCCUAGAGAGCAGGUUGCUAACCUUCUACCAGAACACCACUGCCAAUCAUAUUUUGUUACUGAAACAAAAUUGCUGGGGUUCAGAGUCCAUCAGGCCCCUCUGUCUCAAAUCAACAUAGAUGCUUUUAUGCAGUUUCCCAGCGACAAGCGGCUGUCUAUCUUCUAUUAUCCCAACACCAAAAGUGCCAUGGACGCUGAAAUCAAACGGGGAGCUAAGAUAACAUACACAACAUAACAUGGCAAGAGACACUCCCCUUUCACACAGAUAUUCUUUUUAAAAAAUAUUUUAUAAGAGAGAGAGAGAGAGGCCUCCAGCCACUGCAAAUGAACUCCAGAUGCAUGUGCCUCCUUGUGCAUCUGGCUUAUGUGGGUCCUGGGGAGUUGAACCUGGGUCCUUUGGUUUUGCAGGCAAACUGUGCCCAGCUGGUGAGGUCAGUAGAUAUUCAAAGCCAAGAAGUGACAUGGGCUUCACCAGUAUUGGUUUGGAGAAGAGGGACAAGUCCUUUCUCUGCUUGCUCCAUCUAGGCAGCAUAUUGUGUCCUGUAGCAAUGAGAUCUCUUUGUCCCUUAGCUAAGAAACAGAAUACACCGCCCACAACACCACGUAUCUGGAAGGAUGUACGCCGUGAUUUUUCACUAUGCCUCUAAUACUGCCUACUAUCCAAUAACUCCAGUUUGAUUGGUGUCAUGUCUAUAAGAACCCCAGAUAAGUCAUUUGAUUAAGUUUUCAUUGUGAUUCAGACACAGGCAUUAAAACCCAAGGGGAAGUGAGGAAGAAAUGGCUACAUGGGCAGUCAGUGCCAGCCAAUGCUAUGGUAAUUAUCACUGGUAAAUAUUUAUUUUCAUCUCCACACCAUCUCUGAAUAUCACCCCCUGGGUUCACUAUUCCCAGUUGAAUGUUCUACCUCAUUCUAGUAAUUUAAUUUCUCAAACAUCAUGUGGUUUUCCCAGUGACAACACACAGAAACAUUAGGACUUCUGGCCGCCAAGGCAAUGGGUCUGUGCUUAUGUGAUGCCAUGACUUCCUCUAGCUCAAGGAUCCACAUGCAUUGCCCAAGCACCUGGGAGUGAUUCCAUGGGGUGAGAACAUCUAUGAAGCUCAGGAGCAGUGGCCUACAUCCACAGAGGGCUCGGCUCCUGUCCUACAUGAGCAGUUGGUUCAUCUUUUGUAACCACGCAUCUGCAGUUCCAGCUUUGGAAUCCCAGAGCCCAGGGAACACAGGCCACCUGAUGGAUGCCACAGCAUUUGGGUCUGGGUGUCUUGCGGCUAGCUCACAUCCCGACUCUUACCUGUGUCCUUUAGGGAUCGGGCACAUCUCAGAGCAGGGGGUUUGUGUGUGUUCUUCCUGGGAUUGGCCCAGGCUCCUGUUGCACUGACUAAAACCUCUCACCUCA